CGAAAAUGUGGUAGUAAGCUGGCAAACCGUGAACUGGUAAGUUGGUGGGACGAAAGCUUAUAAAAGGUUUUACUCCUAACAACCCAAGUUUAUUACAAGACAGUUAUUCAACUUUAUAAUACACCAAAAAAAAUUAUAAUCCAAUCAAUCGCAAAAGUUUAUUUUAAACACGCGAAUUAUUCUCAAUUUAAAUUAUUUAUUGUGCGUGUUAAAUAAUUUUGUUCAUUGUGUGUACCAUAUUAUAUUUAUAUGACAUCAUAUACAUAUAUAUUGUGUUUGUGAAUUUAAAUAGUAAAUAAUAAUUAAAAUUGGAUCCAGUUAAUUAUAGUUUUGUAAAAUUAUUAAAUAUUUUUGUUAAAUAUUUGUUUUAAAAAAAUUUCUAUAAAUUUUGUCUAUAAUAUUGACAUUUAAUAAAAUGCCGGAAUGUACAUGUGAUUAUAAGAGAGUUGAAGGUGAAGACAAUCACGAGUGUCAGUUAAAACUUCCAAUGGAAAAGGUCCUUGAACACAAAAUAAACAAGGAACGUCCCAUUGAUGAACAAAAUCCACUUAGAUAUCGAGAUGGAUCUGUCAGACUCAGAAAUCCAAAUAUUGAACUCAUGGAUCAAGAUAUCCUUUAUCAUUUGGCUCUUGGAAGUGGAUCCCAUGACCUAGUAGAAAUGUUCGGAGAUGUAAAGUUUGUGUGCAUGGGAGGAACUCCCAAGCGAAUGGAGCAGUUUGCUUUCUUCAUCAUGGAAGAAAUAGGUCACAAACUUCCUGCAGGAACGACAUUGCUCGACAUCAGCCAGUAUUCUUAUCGUUAUUCAAUGUACAAAGUCGGUCCUGUACUUUCCAUUAGUCAUGGAAUGGGUAUUCCAUCGGUUGGAAUUCUUCUACAUGAAAUUAUUAAAUUGAUGUAUCACGCAAGAGUCAAGGAUCCUGUUUUCUUUCGACUUGGAACAUGCGGUGGAAUCGGCUUAGAACCAGGAACUGUCGUUGUCUCAGAAGAAGUUGUCGAUGGAAUGAUGAAUCCAUAUCUUGAAUGUCCAAUUUUAGGGAAAUUAGUUCGUAGACCAGCGAAAUUGGAUCGACAAUUGGCACGUGAAUUGAAAGCUCUCGCUCAUCAUGAUGAUCCUUACGACACUGUAGUUGGAAAAACAAUGUGCUGCAGUGAUUUUUACGAGGGACAAGGACGUUUGGAUGGUGCAUUCUGUGAUUUUUCAGAAACAGAAAAAAUGGAAUAUCUCACUCACGUUCACAGUAACAAUGUUUUAAAUAUUGAGAUGGAAAGUCUUGCCUUUGCUGCACUCACACAUCACGCUGGAAUUAAAUCAGCAGUUGUUUGUGUUACAAUGUUGGAUCGACUUAAAGGCGAUCAGGUAAAUUCUCCAAAGGAGGUUUUGGACGAAUUGCAAAAACGACCUCAAACACUAAUCGCUCGAUAUAUAACAAGGCAUUUACAACGAAAAGGUCGUUUCACGUCCUUAGACGGUCAUGGUUCCAUGUGUGUAAAAAGCCCACGACGAUUUAAACUCGUUCAACAGGAAUCUGAAAACUAUGAUUAAACAAAAAGUUCAGAAACCUUGUACAUAAUAAGGUUUCUCUUUCUAUUUACACGUAAAGUAAACUAAAAAAAAAAGGAAAACCUUUUUGUUCUUUAGAACAAUUUAUCAAAAAAUUUAACUAAAAUAGUCCGCUUAUAUUCAUUUCAGAGAAAAGGAAAUUCCCAUCUAUCAGAAAUUCUACCAAAUUUUAAACGAAAUAAUUUAUUCUUAUAAUACUAAAAAAAAAAAGAAAAUUCCUCUUUCUCUAUAAAUUACAAUUUUCUCAUAAUUUUUAAUUUUCUCUUUUUUUGAUAAAAGUUUAGAAAAACUUGUUUUAAAGUUAAAAAAAGGUUUUUUUCAUUUAAUAAGAGCUCUCUUCUUUCUUUUUAAAUCAAUUUUUAAUUUAUUUUAGCAAUUUUUCUAUUCACGUUCCAUAUACAUAUAUUAUGCAUUAUUUAGAAAAAUGACGAAUAUUUUUAAAUAUAUAUAUAUAAAAAUAGUUGCAAAUAGAAUUUAGCAUGAAUUACAAAGGAAUCUUAGAAGAAGAAAAAUUAGAAUCCUAUACUUUUGAAAAAUGGUAAAAUAACUUUUUUUGCCAAUUUUUUCCAGUAAAGAAAAGAAAAGAAACUAUCAGUAUUGAAUUUUAUGUACUUUUUACAGUUCUUGUUCGUUAUAACAAUUUACAAUGACAAAAAAAAAAAAAAAAAACCACCUGGAAGUGAUUGUAGACGAAUAGAUAUAAACAUAUAUUAUUCCUGUUAAAGAAAAAAAAGGAAGGAGAUGGAAAAAAAAAAUUGUUAUUCUUCUUGUGCAUGAUUUUAAAAUUUCGUGCUCAUAUUACGCGAUGAUCAAGUACAAAAAAAAAGUUAUCCAGAAUUUCUGAACAUACUUUUUGAGAUUGUAGAAAGAAGGAAAAAAAAUUAUAAAAAAAAGAGUUCAGAAUGCAAACAAGACCACUCUUGGCUACAUAUCCAAAUUAUUGUAUUUUGUAAAACGCUCAAACAAAAAAAAAAAUUCAUUAAUAAUCGAAUCUUAAGGAAAAAUUUUUGAAAAAUCGUAAAUUUUACAGAAAUUCUCGAUUAUUUAUUAAUUAAAUAUCCAUUUUGAUAAUAUUUUUGAAUGUUCCGAGAUGAAAAUUUAAUUUUUAAUUAUUAAUUAUUAUUAUUUUUAUUUUUUAAUUUUUUUUUAAUUCAAUGUGAAUUGAAUUGAUUUAAAAUUUACAUUUAAAACCAACUUGUUAAAAGAAAUUAUAAUUCUUUUUUGUUCCCUUAAUUAUUUCUUUAUGAAUACACGACGAUUGAAAGAACAAAAAAAAAAAAAAAUAGUUGUAGAAAAAAAAAAAAAUUAAAUAUCUAUGAAAAGUUCCUUAAUCAUACAUUCCGUGUAAUUUUUAUGAAAGAAAUAUGUGUUGUUUUAAUCUUUGUCGUGCAUGUGAGAUAUUUAAUGAACAAAACAUUGUGAAAAGCAUAUUUAAAGAGGUAUUUUAAUCAUUUAAUAUAAGUAUGUGUAUAUGUGUGAUUUAUAUGAGUCUCAAAAAUAAAAAAAAAGAAAUAAAAGUAAACCUCAUUUUUAAAAAAAUUUAACCGGGUUUUUUUUUUUCAUUUUUGUUAAUGAUAAUUUAAUUGAAAAAAAGGGAAUUUUUUUCAAGAUUUAACUAAAUAAAAUAAAAUUUAAAUGUUUGAAUGAAAUAUUAGUUUAUUGAUAUAAAAUUUGUAAUUUAUUCCCAAUAUUUCGAAAUUUAAUUACUUUAAUUGUGAGUUUAAGAAAAAAUUCAUUUUAUCAUUUUUAAAUGUCAAUGUUAAUUGAGAUAGAAUACUUUUUAUAUACGACUUCCUUAUUGUAUGGUUGUUAAAGAGACUAUUUAAAGAAGAAAAAAACUAUUAUAAACACUGCGUAGUAAUCAGAGCGUACAGUUUCUGAAAUAAAAACAAAAUACAUAAAUAUAAAUUUUAAAAAAUCCUCUUCAUUCUAUCUCUCUCUCUCUCUCUCUCUCUCUCUUU